AUGGAUCGAAUCAUUGAGUUAUUUUCAUACAUUGAAUCGGCAUAUGUAAUUAAUUUUAAAGUACCAAGGAUAAAAGGUUUUCCCAAGAAAACUGCACCCGCACCCGACUCUAUUUCCUUGGUUGAAUCAAAGUGUCAAAAACCUAGAAAUAAUCUCCGGGUCUUCAACAAUCGACCCGAAGUUAAACAAGAUUUUGCCGUUUGCAAAGGUCUCGAUUUUUUGCAUGAAGAUCUCAGUGUACGUUUAAUCGGAUGGAAUGAACUGUUGAAAAUUCUCGGAGUGAAAAAGAUUUUCCUUUAUGAAAUGGAAAUCCAUUCAAACAUAUCUAAAGUUUUACAUUACUAUCAAAACCAAGGAAUCGUUGAAUCAACUCCUAUUACAUUACCCGGAGAUCAACCCAAUUUACCCGGUUUCAGACAUCUUUAUCUUAAAGACAAGUUGACUGCUAAAAGACAAAACGAAUCGAUUCCUUACAAUGAUUGUCUCUAUCGUAAUCUCUAUUCCUAUUCAUAUCUAGCUUUGUUGGACAUAGAUGAAGUUAUGCCCAUUCAACACAACAAUUGGUCGCAAUUGAUGGACGUUGAGGAACAUGAAUCGCUAAAAGAGAAAAAUUAUUCCAGAGCCAGUUAUAAUGUUCGUAAUGCCUAUUUUCUUGACGAACUUGGUGUUGGUGCACAACAGAUGAAACACACUGGCCAUGAGCCAGGAAUACCUACCUAUCUUCACAUGCUUCAAUAUGUUUACCGAUCUCGUAAUUACACUAAACCUGGACAGUAUGUUAAGUGUUUCUUUGAAUUACUUAUUCUUUUAAUGAUAAUAUAGUAAGUGAGACAUUGAA